UGUUGGUCAGUGUUCAAUGAGUGUUGUGUUCGUUCGCCGUUGGCUUGUGGCUUUUUUCAUAGCCAUAGGAAUUAUUUGUAUAGCUUUUAUUUCCCUCAGGAAGGUAAGGCCUCUUAGUUGAGCUAGUCUUGACUUAAAACGUCUGGUUAAGAGGGAAUUUUGAUUUUAAAGAUACUACGUUUACCUGGUGAUGAAUGCCUCAGUGGAGACUGUUUACAUAUGGCGAGCACUGUUAUGCUGAAAAUUUGUGACCCCUUUUUGUGUACUUGGAGGUUUCAAUAUUUUAGUGCUGAUUGUGGAAUAGGUGACAGUGACCCCAAAAUGAAAAGAAUUGUGGAAACUUGCGAAAGAAAAUCUCAACAGAUGACAAUGAAAGGUUGCCAGUAACUGGCUUUUAUUGAAAGCUGUUCGAACUCUGUUAAAAGAUUGACCCUUUGUGAUAUCUCUCAGUUAGUAAGUGCACCAUGAUUGGUCAAUUUAGUGGGCUAUAUUUCACUGUGCAGCCUGCUACAGGAAUAUGACUGGUCAAUUGAGUGGGCUAUUAAAAAAUGUAUUUCACUGUACAGUCUGCUAAAUUCAAACAUUUGUUUGAAAUGAAAUUCCCCCUCUCACUGCAUUGAACCCAGAGAUAAAAUAAAUAUCUUACUAACCUUGUUUUCUUGGUCCACACUGUAAAUUAUAGAACCAUGAUUAUAGAACCAUAAUUAUAGAUUGGAUUUACGGCUUGUGGGUCUCGCAGUAGGGCAAUAAACCAGAAAAAAAACUUUCAUGGUAACUUACAUUAUGGACCCUGAACUCUGGUAGUGAGAGGUGUAUAUUUAAUCAAUUUAACCAUGGCAAUGCUAAUAUGUGCUCAAUCUUUACCUGCACUCCAAGUAGCUAAAUACUUGGAACAGAAAAUAGCUUUUGCAUGUUUUUUAACAAUUGUGUAAAGAACUUGGUAUGAAAAUACCAUUUGUUAUGUUGGCUCCUUUUUCAGUCUUAUCAAGAGUCAUAUAUCCUUGAAGUUCCUACCACUGAGUUUCAGUGGAUCAAUAUUGAGAACUUGACAGAGUUUAGAGAUUGCAGAAAUUCUAUCCAAGGAGCUCUAUUGAUUGUUGAUGAAAGAGGUAAGGAAUCAUUUUUUGUUUAAGUUAACAAAUUGUUUUGAAAGGCAGUUGCACUGACUCUUAUGAAGGAGCCUCAAUUCAAGAUCAUCAUAAACUUGCAUUCAAAAGUUAAAUAUUAGAAGACCAAAAGUUACAGAGGUAAAGGCCAGUUAACCCUUUAACUUCCAUAAGUGACCAAGACAGAAUUUCUCUGUACAAUGUCAAUACAAUAUCAAGUACACAAGUGAUGAGAACGUAGAAAAAUAUCAGUUAGGGGAUUAUAAAUUGAUCCAAUGUCAAAUUCUCCAAACUAACAUCACAAGAACUGUAUGACAGACAGUAGGGAGAAUUACCAAUUAGAUCUUGGGAGUUAAAAGGAUUAAUGUUCAUUUCCAAGGCCAAUUCAGUGAGAAAAAGCAUUCUUACAAGUGCAGUUUUUAAUGUUGAAUUAUAACUGACCUGUUCAUUGUAAUAAGAAGGCUUGACAGCCUUUAAAUUACAGUUGAAAUUAACUUCAACAACUGUGUUUAGGAAGUAAUCUGUUGAGUUCUCUUUUUCCAGGAUUUGUCUGUAAUCGUAAAGACCUGUCUGCUAGUGGGUGUUGUCACAGUGGAGGAGAGAGUACUAAACGUUACGAGUGCAGAUAUUGUCAGAACAAUAACUGUUGCAGCAUUUAUGAACACUGUGUUUCCUGUUGUUUAAACCCUGACAAUGUGAGUAAAGUGAUAGCUUUCCUCCAACAGUUCAUUUUUUAAUUUAGUAAAGGUUUUGUAUUGUAAAAUGUAGUACUGUUGAAGAAGAAGGGCAUAAAGUAAUAGGGUGAUAUACAUGUAUGAUAUUAUGAUUCCACUUUGUAAUAGAAAAAGGACACAGGUCAUAUAUGAAAUUUGAUUGGAGAAUUCUCUGAAGUUGCUGAAGAAUGCUUCAAUUCUCUAUGAUUGCCCUGAAUUUUUCAAGAAAUGCAAAAAGAAACAAAGAGAAACACCUUAACAUUCCUUGUGUUUUUCUUGUCACUUCUUUAUGCUAUUGCCCUUACCUACAUGCAUUGCAUCAGAGCAGAGUGCAGUUGAGUCCUCUUUAUUUGUCACAUGAAUGACUCUUGAUUACCCUGCAAUAGUUACAGUAGCUUUUGAAUGAUAGACUUUGGAAUUGUUUUUGUAUUCCAAAUUUAUCUCUUUACACCCAAGACAUGAUUAUUACUUCUUCCCUCUAGCUGCUACACAUUUCCUUGUAAACAUUAAAGUUACCAGAAUUUGGUGUUAGAUUAAGAUAACAACUGAUACCUGUUAAUUUUGAAUAUUCUCGUCUCCUGUUUGCGGGAAAAUGUGUGGAUAUUACAGGGAGAUAUCAUUUGUCAAUCAAUUCUGACAGUUAAAAGGUGAAAUAAUUAUGGACCGAAACAUUUUCUUUGUAAUUUAACAUUUAGUUGUAAUUGUGUAUGUCUGACCUUUUCCAGAGGAGAUUACUGGAACAAAUUUUGAUACUUGGAUCAUCAGUACCUAAUGUGAUUUCCAAGUCUGUUGGUGACCAGUUUGAGCUGUGCUUGGUCAAAUGCCGCACUUCCUCUAAGGUGCUUGUUAAUCAGAUUUUAUUAAAAGUCAUCUUUGAGAUUUAAAAGUUCAAAAGUUCAAAAUACAAAAGAAUCCUUUGUGUUUUAGACACAAAAACCUCAAGGUUAAAAUACAUGUAUAGAAAUGGCCUAAAGAUCUCAGAAUGUUCUUUCAAAAAAAAUUUUUUAUUUGUCUUUUUGCUUAUUAUCUAAAACCUUUUGACCCCUAAGAGAAAUUAGUAUCUCAUUUCUCCUUACAAUAUUAUCAGCAAGUCAAAUAUUAAGGUCACUGGAAUGAAGGAAAUGAUCACCAACAAAGGAAGCUCUUGAUUUUUACACAAAUUCUUCUUGUGAACACAUCAUUUUUUUCAGAGAUGCUUGUUGAAGGGUUACAAAUUUAUUACUGAUUUUUUAAUUUCAUCAUUUUUCAGAGUGUGUGGCAUGAGAACUCAUACAAAGACAAGACAUUCAAAUACUGUUUUGGCCUGACUGGACCAGAAUUUGCUGGUGCUUUGUAGAUAUUUAGUUAACUUGAAAUUAGCAAAGUCAGUACAGAAAAAUAUUCUUGUAAAUGAAAAGAUAUCUAUUUUUUUGAAAUUGUAUUUUAUUUGUGCAGUAUUUGAAAAUGUUAUCAUCUCAUAGGUUUGUCUUAAGGAUAUUAGGUUCUUAAAAAUUUUUCUCAAAUUAUCUUGCAUUUCAUAUACCCACAUAGGUAUGCAGUAUUUUGAAGUUUACAUAUUAGAUUCUCAUCUAGUCAAGACUUUUAUUGCAUCUCUGUAAUCUUUUUUUUUUUAUAUAAAACCUAAGAGACAGACUAGCUUGUAAAUAUUGAUGAAAGAUUCUAUUCUUUUAUUUAUUUCAGAAUAGUUACUGAAUGAUGUAGAUAUCAAUAUUGAGGUGUACACCUAUAGAGAUGUAAUACAAAAUUGCAACACUUCAGUUCUUUUCAUUUUUGUUUAAUUUAUUUAUAAUAAAUUACAGUAUAUCAGUUUAUGGAAUAAAUACAUUUUUAUUUAGUUUAUGUAAAUUUGAACAAAUAACUACAAUUAUAAUCAUUGUUGAUAUCGUUAUAACCUUUUGCUGCUAAUAAGUAGACAGUUUUAAGAUCUAUCAACUCUUUGGUCUAGAAGUAAGGCAGAAAUUAAAUCAUUAAAAACUGAAUCAUCAAGUGAUGAGCAGUGAAGUUCCCGGCCACUACCAUUUAGUGUGGUUAAAUUCCUGUCUACAAGAGACACUCCUACCAGGUUCUUCUUGGACUAAGGUAUUAUUACACUAAUCAAUACCAGUAAUAUUUAUUGAUUUGGAGUAUACAUAAUCCCAAACAGAGGACUUGAUUACUCUGUAUAAAUUCUGCAUGAUGGAGAAUGGGUGUACAGUUGUAGUUUUAAAUAAUUUCAGGUUCAAACUGGUUGAUAGGGGAUGUUAAUGAGCCUAAUAGACAUCUUUUAUAAUGAGUAGACAAUCUUGCUCCCUGUGUUACAGUCUGGCCUUGUUUCCAAAAAUUUCUAAAUUGGGCUCAUCUGCAACAUUUUAUCUCAAAAAUUUUGAAAACGGCUCAGUGCAAGGCACCCUGCAAAGUGUUGUAAAGUGCAUUAGAGCAUUUGAUCAUGAUCGUCAUCAUCAAUAUUUAAUCCUUUGACCCCUAAGAGUGAUUAGCAUCUAAUUUCUCCUCACAAUAUCACCCCUGACUCAAACAUGAAGGUCAUGAGAAUAUACCAAAUGAUCAGAAACUAAAGAUCUUAAGCUCUUGAUUGUUAAACAAAUUCUCCUUGUCAGCACCUUAGGAAAUGUAUAGAGAACAGUAUGGAGAAUUGUGCAUACUGAUGUUAGGGCAUAAAGCGUUAAGGAUUGUUGAUGAUAAUUGUAAUAUUCCCAGAACAAGAAGGAAACAAAAUGUAAAAUAAUGUAGCUUCAAAUGUUUUUAACCUGAAAUUUAUAUUUACCUUUAACUCUCAAGAUCUGACUGUUAAUUCUCCCUUCCAGUUGCUAUACAUUUCCCUGUAAAUUAGUAAUAAGAAUUUGGUGUUAGAUCAAGAUAAUAACUUCUACCUGAUAUGUUUGAGUAUUCUCAAUACCCAUUUGUUGGAUAGUGUAUGGAUAUAUUAGGGAGAAGUUACAUGUUAACCACCUCUGGCAGUUAAAGGGUUAAGAUAGAAUGGAUAUUUUGGAGUGAUUAUUUUAACACCCAAGACUCAUCAUUAUUUCAAACAGUGAAAAUGAAUUCAAAACCUUUGAAAUGAGAAAAUGAGGACUGAAAUGUGAUUAAUCCAAAGAGGAAAGUGGGAUGGACAUCAUUGAAAAGUAAAUUCUCACUAUAGUAACAAGUUUUCACUUGCCAAUUUUCUUUUCAGAUAAGAGAUGCAAUCAAUGCAAGGCUAGUCACCAAAGUGGAAGCAUUUUGCAAAAAUUCUCAAACUGAGAGGAUUCAGUCUUUGUUGCAUCUGCUGGGAAGACAGUUUGUAGAGACAUACCUUGGCAGUUUAGCUCUUUAUAACCAGGUGAAUCCUUUAGAUCAAAUGAAAGUUAUGAACAAUAACAUAGGCAGUUGCAUAUUUAAGAAGUGGUUCUUUGUCCAAUGUUUUUAGGGAGAAAGAUGAAAAGGAUUCCUUGAAUCAGAGAAUUUGACUCUUUCAAAUCAUUUCUUUUGCAGACAGUUUUUUGCAUUCUAAAUCUAAACUGAAAGAUAUUUAAACUAAAUAGGCCACCCAAGACAAGUGGGAUCUCUCAGAUUCUAACAAAGAGGAAGCAGAAGCAUGGCUGAAAACAGCACUUCAUGAGAUCACAGGAAGUCUUGGGCUACAAUGGAGAGAGAGCAGAGAUGCUGUGUCUAGGGAUAUGUUAGAGUUUGUUGGGUUUGCUCAGCAAACAGUGCAUAGAGGAAUGGAGAGAGAAUUGGCAGCAACAGAACAGAAGGUUGUUCAUGAUCAAGAAAAGGUAAGAGGUUUUUUCAAAUUUAGAAUAAUUUAUAGGGUCAAUUGCAAUUUGCAGCUCCUUUCCAGGUACCUGGUAAUACUGAUUAGAUCAGUGGAGGAGAGAAAAAAGGGUGCUUGGAGUGACCCAGAGUACCUUUUAAACUUUUAAAAUUAUUUUUUGCUUUAAUUUCUGCCGUUCUCAAGCUGUAUGGUUUAUUAUCUAUACACUGUGUAGCAUACACAAGGAGAUUGCAGGGAUUUCAAAACAAGCCAAUGACUGGUGUUGUUCCACUGGCUAUUUGAUAACAUGUCACUGGUUACUCUGGUCAAAAUAAUUACCUCUUGGCCCUUCAUGAAAUUUUCAUGGUCACUUACUUUUGCCGAGUCUGACACCUACUUCAAAACAUUUUGAAAGCCUUGGAGUGAUUUUAGUAAUUCUUUUAUUUGGUACUGUUUAAAACCAACUGAAAGUACAUAACUGUACACUGUAUUUUAAGAGUCAAUGUACUUGAUUUUACUGUAUGUACAACUUAAUUGAUUGAAGAAUAAUAAUGUACAGCUUGUUUUUCUUCACAGGGUUUAUCAAACAAUCAACAGCCAAGUCUCCUUGGAUGCAGCCACCAAAGUGAAACUCUUGGCAAAGCUGUGGCUGCCCUCCUCAAAAAACACCCCUCUCAGCUGGGCCGCAUCUGUGAACAACUCCAAGGACGACCGUUGACUAAUUCCCUGAGACACCUGAUUUGGUCUACGAACCUACAGAGGAAUAAUCUAGACAGUGUACACUCCCACGAGGACUUAGAUACUGAAAUGGAAGAAAUCAGAUCUCAGUUUGAAGUGACUCUUUCUUGGGGUUUAAAAGAACUGGGUGUGUCAAGCGCAGUUCACUCCCCCAUAGCAGGGGUGGUAGAAAAUGCUGUCUCUGAGGCAUACAAAUACAGACAUGGUUUUCACAGUGAAUUGGUCACUGAGAUGCAAAUAAAGCUAGCGGUGGAAGCCUUGAAUGUGCUGUAUGUCUACAAUAGGAGUUAUGAACCUCAGUAUGCCUUGCUUGUGUAUCCACUGAUUGUUAGUGCUCUGAAUGAAUACAAAGAUGCAGGUGUGAUGGAUGGUUUGUUGUAUAGUUAAAUUUGUUCUUCUGAAUCAAAGUAAAAUACAAUUUAAUAAUGUUAUCCACCAUAGCCUUAGCAAUUUCAUCAAGUUAGUGGUUAUCAUCUCAAAGUAGGCUCACAUGGAAUGUUGGAACUUCUUUGGUUUAAGAGGCUAAAUAGAAUUGAGCACAUGCACAUGUACAUGUGGGUUAGAGUCAAAUAAGCUCAGCAGCUACUUUUUGACAACCAUGUCUGGUUGGUUCCCAGGUUUGCAGGGUUUUAGCAGGGCAUCCACAUUGUGGAUUCAAGUAUUACUGUCAUCGGUAUUCAGUCAUUUUGUACCAAGGGUUGAUUUUCUUAUUUUAAUGGCAUUUUUAAUGGCAUAUUUCACCUUUUUUUUUCAGGAAAUUCAUCUCAAGAUGUGGCUCACAAGCUUGCAAUAUCCCUGCACCUUUUGCUCAAAAAUUGUUUCCCAACAAGGCUGAAAAUCUUCAGCAUGGCUGAUCAUGUCAUGCAAAGACUGCAACGUGAAGAUGAGGAGCUGUACAAUCACCUAACUAGUGAAACACUAAAGAAUCUGUCUUCUAACCCAAGAGAAUUCCUGGUGAAUUUUAUUCACACAGAGAAAGAGAAGGCCAUGUUGGCCGAAAGACAGGCAGUGGGAAGUUCAUUUGAAUCAUUGCCAUCUGAUGCUAAGGAGCUGCUGUCCCACCCUGUUAUGUUUAUAAGAAAAUGGAUAGCGGAGGUAUGUAAGGAAUGUCUCGUCUUAACCCUUUGCACCUGGACAUCAGUGUACAUGUUCUCCAUACUGUUUUCUAUACAUUACCUAAGUUGCUGAUAAGGAGAAUUGCUUUAACAAUCAAGAGCUUCUUUUGUUGGUGAUCAUUUUUUUUAUUCUCAUGACCUUAAUGUUUGAUUCAGGGGUGAUACUGUCAGGACAAAUUAAAUGCUUGUCACUCUUAGGGAUCAAAGGGUUAUAAUAUUGAUGUACAAGGUUCAAAAUGAACAGCAUUAUAGCACAUUGAUGCAAUAUGCAUCAAAGAUUUUGAAACUUGCUGAAAACUUUUUGAAUUUGAAUUUUGUGCAGUGUUUAUGGUUUUCAAAGCAGGAGAGUAUUGUGACAAUACUCCUAUGUAAAUUAAAAAUUGCUCAAGCCAUCAAAAGGUAGCUGGAGAAUACUGUUUAGUAGACAUAUAUUUCUCUGAUCUCUGCCGCCUUGAGAACACCUUUUUGAUCAUUUCUGUAGGGCUUUGUGGGCAUUCUAGGAGUCCAUGCCGUCAUGCUUGUGUGGGAUCAGUGCUUCCUGAGUAACUGGAAGCAUAAUGUGAUGGAGAACACAUGUCUUGUCAUUCUCCAGCUCUUGAGAGUACACAUUUUAGAAGCUGAGGGCUACAUUGGCAUCAGAAAGAGUUUGUUGGAUCAACCAUCUGAGUUGUUUACUGUAGAUGUUCAGAAAGGACUGUCAUACCUACACAAUGGAGGAGCAUUAAUUGAUGUUGGAUCACUCAGACAGUGCGUAUGGCUGAGUCAUAGCUUUUCCUUUAGGAGUUUGGUUGCUAGGGGACUCAAUUACCUGAGUUAUAAUCAGUGCUUUCACCAAGAGUGCUAGUCAAAGAUAUCUAGUUGGUGGAGCUUUUUUGAUCAGAAAGCUCCAAAUUAAGGGAAGAAAACCAGGCUCCAAGCUAAGUUUUCAACUUAUUUAUUAUCCCUAUAUAAUAUGAAAUGGAUAAUUGGGAUUUAGCAAUGGACAUCCCAAAAGGUGGCUCUUUUUGUUUGUUGUUUCCAGAUUGAAUUGGAAUUUGAAGUGUUGGUUUUAGGGGAGGGUAGAAAACCAGAGGACCUGGAGAGUGCAAGGAUUAGAACCAACAACAAACUUAGCCCAUGUGUGACACCAGGUCCAGGAAUCAAACCAGAGGUACAGUGGUGGAAGGCAAGCAUUCUCACCACUGUGCCAUCCUUAUAUGUGAUGUUAUAUCCCUGAAUGAAGAUAAGUGAUAGAGUGGGAACAAAUUAGCCAUUCCUUAAACCUUAUUUACUUAUUUUUGUGAACAGUGUCGAGGGCUUAAAGCUAAUUUGGAAAGACAUUUAUUUAAUUAAAUCAACCCUUGUAUAGAGAACCCCUGAGACCCACUACUUGUAUAAAAUGGCAGUUUGGGUUAGACCUCGUAUAAGUAACUGGCCCUGUAUGUUUUUAAAAAUGUCUCCUUGUGAUGUUUCUGUAUUCAUAGGCCCACACCUGUCCCGUCACCCUCAGAGCUUGGUGAAACUGUACCCAGCCCAGUGCCAUCUGCAUCUGAAUCUAGUCAUUCAUCACUAACCAGACCAAUCAGUAGACGUUCUACACCCAGGACACCUUUCCAAGCUGAUCCUGUGGAAUUAUGGGUUGAGGCCAACGCGACAUCAUCACCCAUGGAAGAGACUACUAACUAUGAUUCAUUUGAUGUGUAUAUUGAUGAAGUGAGGUUUUUACCUGACAAUGCUACUAUCAUAAAGGUGAUUGAUCUGAGAGAACUCCACCAUUACAAUAAUCUGUUUGAUACAGCUUAGAGUACUAGUACUUGGGAGGUAGUAAGUUAAAUUGAUUCCCCCUAGUAUGUUUAAAACUUUGUUCUGGUGACAAAUUGCAUGAAUUCAUUGUGUGAAAAUUCAUGAAUUUGCUUGUUAAAAUUUACAGAAGUGAAUCUGCAGACCUGGUCAAAAGCUUUUGGGACACUUGUACUUUUAUGUCCAAAUGAAAUAUGUGACUUAUCCAUUGUAAAAAUUAUCCAAGUGAGUGUAUAUCAAGCUCUGCCCUGCUUCACUCCACCUCCAGUAUUGUUGAAAACAACUGCAGCUUUUCUGAAUUUUUUUAGGAUUCCUACCAACAUUGCAGUAGAAGAAAGUGGGGGCGGGGGCACCAUUGGCAACUAGUUUUUCAAAUGUUCAUCAUGAACUGUUUUGCUGUUAAUGUCCCAAGUAAGGGUUUGUAGGGAUUGUUGCCCAAAGAAAUGGUUUUUUUGCAGUUUUGAUCUUUUACUUUUUGCUGAUGUAGGUUACUGGUAGUAUUUUAGGACCUUUUUGGAAGACACCUGAGACUUUGGAGAUCUCACCCGUUGAGGCAUUUCCAGUGCUAGAUUCAUCAGCAAGAUGUCCUAAAUUUCAUUACAAGUACACUGUAAAUGCCCCUGCAAGUGGCAUUCCAGAAGAAGUUAUGUUGCUGCUGAGAAUCUACACACUAGAUGUUAACAGUGGAGAUUUGAUUGUCAUUGGAAACAGCAUAAUCAGGAUUUUCACUGAAAAAGACAAUGAGGUACUAACAAAAGGAAUCAAGACAUAAAUAGACAAGGGUUGCAGAUUGAGAAGAAAUACAAAGAAAAAACUCUUAUAUGCUCCAACUUUAAUCUCAGUAUUUAAGAACAAGAGAAUUUCCAUAGAGGUGGAUGGGGGGGGGGAGGUUUUGGCACAAAUGACUUUUUUAGGGGGGUAUACAGAUAUUUUCUCAAACAACUCACCUGUCUUCUCAGGUUACCAGAAGCAGGAUGUUCUUUUUCUCUUACCCCUUUCCCCUUCCCCCCUCCCCCUUAUUACACAUAACAAGGAUGUAUGAGGUAAUUCCACAUGCGCUCUUUUUAAUUUUAAAGAGAAACAUUUUUUUUUUCAGUGGCAUCUUAAUGUUGGAGGACAUCAGCUCCCCUUGAAACAUAUUCUUCCAUCCACUGUGGCCAGACUUACGGAGGAGUCUUUUGAUGGCAUAACAAAGGUUCCUGUCUGUUCAGUUCUCAUCAGGCUCUUGCCUCAUUCAGAGGUUUGUUAUAUACAUAUAUAUAAACAUGUUUACCAUGUUGUCAAUAUUUUUUCUGUUGAAAAGUUCUGAUCACUGCCAUCAAGAAGACCAUGAGCUAUAACAUGAUAUGUACACAAAGAAAACCAUUUACGAGAGCUACAUGAUGUAUAUUAAUUGGCAUCAUGUAAAAAUGUUUCAUUGUAUUCUAUAUUUCAGGUGUUCAUUGAGGCCCCUGGUUAUGCAAGUGGAUUCUAUGUCAGUGAUCGUUGUAAACCCAAUGAAUCAGAGAGGUGUAUAUUCAGAAGGUUCCAAGGCUAUCAUUCUUAUCCUCCAACAGUAAGGGAGGCUGUGCGUGACAUCAAAGAAGAGGAAGCAAAUCAAGAUACAGAAGGUUUAUCUUUGUGUGUUAUAAAUGUGACAUUUUUCUUCCUGAGCAAAUGAGAUCUAAUGUAUUUAGAUCUUGUAGUGGGAGAAGAACUGUGUUAAGUAAUAAAUUGUAAAUUAUGCCAAGCUGAUUUUUUUUGACGAAUUUCACUAAAAAGCAUCAAAUCCAUGAACAUUCACUCAUCUACAUGUUUGAAAAAAUUUUGUCAAAUCUGCCAUUUACGUUACUGUGGGAAAAUGUUUACCACACCUGAAUAAAAAAUCACUAAGGUCUUUGAAAUGUUUGUCAACAUUUGUCUGUGUGGUAUCCAGUGAAUUGUUCAAUCACUAAUGCCUGUUGAACACCCUAAAUAAGGUGUUUGAAAUCAUCUCUUUUUUCAGAGUUUGACCUCGCAAAUGAUCAAGUUGUCACUCAGUGGUAUCAACGAAGGACAAGCAAACACAUUUUGAUGAGGGAGCCACCCAAGGCAAUGGAUCUGAUCAAAGUUGUGCAAUAUGACCAGAAACAGGUAAGUUGGUUCAGUUUGCAGAUGGAUAAAGGGGGUAAUUUUAUAAAGAGACUGUGGUGCUGCACUGGUGGGAGAGUAUAACAGGGUUCUUAAGUAUUAUCAACUGAGUUGAUGACGUAAAUUGGCCAUUGUAAAGAGUUUUAAGGCUAAUGUUCCAAGUGUUAGCCCUUUGUUAGAGCAAUUGGAGGAAAUGUGGGUUGUGUGUGUGUUUAUAUGCCGACCAUAUGUAGUUACGCUAUUGGUGGGAAUGUAGAUGAUUCUCAAAAUCUGAGAAUUAUAGUGAUCAUGUCUAUUUAACAAAUAGAUUCCAAGUUGCUGUGUGUCUGUUCAGUAAUAGAUCACAGAUGAUGUCAAAAUGUGGUCAGAACAAAAAAGUGGCACACAAGGCGUAGCUGAGUGUGUCACUGAUGUUCUUGCCACAUUUUGACGUCCUCUGUUAUUUAUUACUGAACAGACACACAGCAACUUGGAAUCUAUUUGUUUUAUAUAAUAAAGAAUUAAAAAAAGUUUUAAUGAUGACAUCAUCUAUGCGUCUGUCCAAUAGAUCAUCAGUGAGAACCAAUCAGAAUGUGUGCAUAACUGAGCUUAUUAUAUAAAGUGCUAUAGACAUAAUCAGACAGUCACAUUUGUAGGUUGCUAGAACUCUCUAAACAAUUUGUGGCUUUUUUAAUUUUCAGGGUCUAUCCAUAAUGAUUGAACAGGCAUUUGGCCUUCCAAACACACACUUUGUAAACGCCCUGCUACAUGUGUCUCCUGGACAUGAUGUGCAAGAUAAACAAGCAACAGAGGAAGGCCUUGGUGGAGAAGAGAAGGCAUUGGUAAAACAACGGGACUUUAACAGCUUCCAGAAAUCACCCAAAUGGAUAGACCCAUUUAUGGUAAGUAUCAAAUACUUGUGGCCUUUUAUGCUGUGAUGACCUCUCAAUACAGUUAUUAGUCUGCAAGAGUAUACCAACAUUCUUUUGCAAGACCCUGUGUUGUGAGAUCCAAUCCCUUAACCCUUUCACAUGAUUAUUCAGAUUAAUAAACAUUACAUCUUGUUUCUAUACCCUCUGUUAACUAUAUGUUGUGAGGAGAGAAAGACAACUAAUAGAAAGACAACUACUAACUAGUUCUAGUUCCAGCUAGUUCCUGCUCAGUAGUGUUCAUAGCUGCGAGGAUCGCUUAUAUCUCAUUUCUUCACCGCAGUGCACAUAUAUAAUUUUCAUAUGUUUCCAGUAAUUAUUUACCACUUGGAAGGUUUAUUUGGAUCCAACAUUAUGACCAGCUCCCAGUUGGCUUGUUAGCUCAGUUGGUAGAGCGCUGCACUGGUAUCACAGAGGUCAUGGGUUCAAAUCCUGUACAGGCCUGAAUUUUUUUCAGUUCAGUAGUGUUCAUAGCUGUGAGGAUCACUUAUAUCUCAGAACCAUUUCAGUUACUAACUGAGCAACUUAACUUUCCCUUCAAGAGUAAUCCCAUAAGAGUGAUUGAGUCGCUCGGCUCAAGUUGAGACUUUUUUCACUCACUGGUAAAUCUGUCCUCUAAGCCUCAUUUUUAAUGAACAUGAGUUAAUAUAUGUAGUCAUAUAAAAGAUUACUGUAGGAGAAUUGUUAUUUACAGUGUAGUAAUUUAUGGUCAAUUGAUAGCAUGUGAUCUAUUUGUCUCGUCUUCCACAGGUGUUUCACCCUCACUGGGAUGAAAUGACAGUUUUGAUAGUAAGGCUGUACUCACUUGAUGCAUCAUACACCCCUCGUGCUGAUGGAGCUGGACCAGGCUCUGUUGCUGAUCGAAAAGGAAAGACUUUGACUCUGGUCCCAGCUGGAUGGACUGUACUUCAGCUCUUUUCAAAGUACGGCUAGUGAAUAUAGGCCCAAGAUGCAUACAUGUAUGGGGUUUCAAAACAAGCUCGCAACUGCCAGCGACUGCCAGGAACUGCCAGAGUUCUAUGGGCCACUUGAUAACAUGUUGCCAGUUACUUUGGUCAAAAUUUAUUACUUUUUGGCCCUUAACAAACUUUUCAAAAACAUCGACUUUUGCAGAGUCUGACGCCUACUUCAAAACAUUUUGAAACCCCUGCAUGUACAUGUGCAGUUGAUAUGUAAACAUACAACUGUACUGUUGUUAUGUUAUGUGUUAACAAUUUGAAAAAUUAUGGAUUUGUAAGGAUUGGUUCAGUUUUUUACUUUUUAGAUUCCAGAUACAUAUUACCUUAGGAAAAACUAAGAAAUUUAAUGUAUAUAGCCUAAUUAUCAUCACUGUUCACAUGAAAUUAACCCUUGCACUCACAAUUUCACCCAACGAAAUCAUGUCAUUGUGUUGAGGAAAUUAAAUGUGAUUGAAAAAAUUGAAUUCAUCCAUGAGGCAAUGUUAUUUGACUCAACACCAAAUUGUCAGGGCUAAGAUGAUAAUUAGAAUGAAUGGCCAUCAUUGCGAAAAACUGAUAUCGAGGUCCUGAGUGUGAAGGCAUAAAUUAAACUGUACUUGAUGAUACUAUUACUGACACUUUUUUCCAAGAACUGAUUGAAUUGUUUGUCUUCAAUUCACAGGGAGUAUGUGAAUGCUGGAGUGUACUAUUUACCCCUCUUUGAAGGGACUCCAAGUGCAGUAAGUCAUCUCCUAUAUCUUUAAUUGCUUAAAGGAUUAGAGACAGUUGCUAUAGAUCACAAUCCAGCACUUAGAAGUUUAUAAUUUUGGCAUUGCCCUGGAAGUGAUUUGAAUACAGUAUGUGUUACUAUUGGAAUUAAGGGUCACUAUCUGUCUUUCCAACAACAUGUAUAUACUUGAUCAGUGUUAAGAAUAACAUGACAACUUGGAAAGUAAUUGUUGAUGUCAUGGUACCUUUUUUCUCUCAGACUUUUCUAGAAUUUGUAUCCAAUCAUUCAGUGGAGACAAGUUUGCAGGAAGCAAUCAAGCAAAAUAUACACAAUUUGUUGGUAGGACACAAAAUUUUCUUUUUGUCUCAGCCAACAUUGUUAAGUCUAAAUUAAUAAUAAUAAUAAUAAUAAUAAUAAUAAUAAAAUUAAUAAUAGUACCGGUAUAUACAUUUAAUUGGAGAGAGGUGUGGAUGAUAUAAAGGGGAGAUAUUUGAUGUAUUACCAAUUUAUUAACAUUGUGAAGAAGAUUAAAACAGUGCUGUUUGUUUAGUAGAAGUACUUGAUGAAAUAUUGUAACUUAGUCAAUGCUUGUGUUUUGUGUCAGUGGUGCUAUCUAGUUUUCAUGGCAACAAGAGAUAAGUGACUUAGUUCUAGUGGUCGCUGGAUAGGGACGUGACAGUGCAAGCUGCAGUGCAAGUCACCAGACAAAAACAGGGAUGCUUGGAUAAUGAGUUUUUUAUGCAGACUUUAAGUGAUGAUGAUAACAUCGACUAUGAUGGUAUUUAAUAUUGAAAAUCCUUAUAAAGAGACCUUUAUCUCAGCAAGGCACCUCUUGUGUUGAUGAUAAUAACUUUGACUAUGAUGAUAUUUAAGAUUGAAAACCCUAAUAAAGAUACCUUUACCUCAAUAGGGUACCUCCUGCGUGGCUGUUCGACUUUGGGAUGCACAUUACUCCCCAGAUGAAUGCAUUCCUUUACCAGUAAGCAAUAACCAUAAAUCACAUGACAUGUACACAAACAAGAAAAUUUUAUUUUAUCAACUGAGUUCAUAAUAUAAAUUGGCCACUAUGAAGAGUUUUUUAAUUGAUGUUUUGAGUGUUAGCCCUUUUUCAGAGCUCUGAUAAAGGGCAAACUCUUGAAAUGUCAGCUUACAAACUCUCUACAUUGGUCAAUUUACAUUAUCAACACAAUUGAUUAAACCAAAUUAUCUUGUUUACUCCCCCAUCAAGGCAGUACUGCAAUUUCUUUUGAAACUUACCCCCUUUAUUCAUUAGUACACUAACAGUCUGCCUCUGAAGCCUUUUUUAAUGCAAUAUACAAAACUUGAAUAUUUCAGUUACAUUUGUUUGUGCAUAGUGUAUUACUGACUCAUAUUGUAUUUAGCAUCAGUUAUGAAACUAUUUUUUAAUCUGAACUUCAAUUGUUGCCCCUUUUUCCUUCCUCUUUUUCGUUACUGAGGUCCAGCAGUUCUCUACAAACAUCCCUUCUGUUUGUGAAAAUGAAUUUACUAGCAGUGCUAAGCAACCCUUUUGCAAACUUUGAUGCAUUGUACAAGAUUCAAUGUUACAGUUCUUUUGGUAUACUUAUGGCCUACAGGUUAAGGAAGAACUUUUAUCUCUUGGAAGACGAGACAGAUACUGGAGAACAAUUCAGACAAGUUCAGGGAAGUUAAUAUCUGAUAUGGUAUUACAGACUCUCACCCGGCAGGAACGGAAACAAGGUGUGGCAGGGAGUCGGUACAUUGCUGAGAAGGAAAACUAUGAAGAGGCUAUGAACAGUGCAUUCAAUAACCUUUUGGUAAGGAAGCCUGACUGUGUUCAUGAGGUCAUUUCUACAUUCAUUUGGUAUCUACUUAUGGAGGCUACAUGUGAGGAUCUGGCAAUGUGUAGGGAUUUAAAUGGGGUACUAACAAUAAAAUCCUAGACCUGUGAGGUGUAGAGGCCCUUGUUUCUGAGGCUGUGACUUUUUAGUAGAGAAUUUCCCAUUUUUACCUUUGUUUUACUUAAUUGCAAUUACUUGAAAACCACAUUUAGGUACUCUUUUCUGUACUCCUUCUAUCAAUAUAUCAGUUUUUAAAUUGAAAUAUUUCAAAGAACAGCAAUCAUACCCAGAAUGCUUACUCUGAGGUACUCUUGGAGUACCCUAGAGCUGCCUUCUGACAGAGACCAGGGACCAAAAGUAAAAAUCCCAGACUUUGAAAACCUUUAACCCUUUAACUCACAGAAGUGAUCAACAUGAAACUUCUCCUUAUAAUACCAUACAUUAUUCAGCAAAAAAGUAAUGAGAAUAUUCAAACUUAUCAUGUAGAAGCUGCUAUCUUGAUCUAGCACCAAGUUCUCAUAACUAAUUUACUAGGAAUGUUAAGCAGCUGAAGGGGAGAAUUAACAAUCAGAUCUUGGGAGUUAAAGGGUUAAAGAAAUACCAGACUUCAAGACCAGAAAAAGUCCCUACAGAACUUGACAGUACCAUCCACCUUCCUUUUUCCAUUAAUGGUUUAGGCUCUUGAGUAGAUUACGUGAAACGCUCUUUUGGCUGAUAGCAAGUAUUAAGGGAGGCUUGGUCAAUGCAUGCCAAUAUUUAACAUUUAAACUCUAAGAGGGAUUAACAUGCAGCUUCUCAGGUAGAUGUAGUUAUCUUGAUCUAACACCACAUUCUCUUUACUAAUUUACAAGGAAAUGUGUUGCAGCUUAACUGGGAGUAGUUAAUUAGUUUUAAUCAAGUUUUAUUCCAGCUUUAAUUCCAGACCAUUCUGUAAUGUUUUUGUUAAAUUAUAGGUUGAUGUUCUUCUGCAGAGUGGCCUGGGGCCAUUGACAUGAUGGUGAAAGGGGGUCUGAGUUUUUCAGUGAUGAUAAUUAAAGUUGGUUUGACAUAAUGGAGAGAAUGUAGUCCAUCUUGCAGUUCUAGAUUUUUUCUUCAUUAUUUAUUUUUUGAACUCUGUACAAAGCACUGGUAUACUAAAUGAGAAUUGUUUUUGUACAUAAGACUACCUGAAGAUAGAUAAGCAAAAAAUUGUACAGACUUGGUGAUAACUUUUAUUUUUUUAAUUUAAUACUAAGCAAUAAAAUUGCUGGUGAAUCCAGAGUCAUUGAGUGAGUUUCUUCAAUUGUCAAGCUCUCAGAAGCUUUUUUUUUUCACU